AUGCAAAAUAUAAAUAUAUUAUUUUGUAAAACUUUAGCUUGUUUAUUAACAUUUAGUAGUGGAAUUUUAACAUAUUCUCAUCUUAUUCAAGCUGUUGCUUGUUUUUUUAUGAUAAUUCUUUAUAAACAUCGAAUUCUUCUUACAUUUUAUAUUCAUUGGUUAAUGAUUAUUAUAAGUUAUAUAAUCAGUGGAAUUAUUGCUAGUUGUAUGUUUAUUUCAUCAUUAUCUUAUCAAUAUGAACCUGAAUCUCAUAUGUGUAUUCCGACAUCAAAAAAUUUUAUUACAUCAUUUAUGAUUGCUUUGAUUAAUUUUAUUUUUCCAUCAAGUAUAACAACAAUAUUAUAUGGAAUUAUUAUUUAUUAUACAAAACAACAUAGUCGAAUUCAUUCAACAUGUGUUAGUGUUAUGAGAGCUAAGCGGAAUAUCAAAAUCUUGAAAAAAAUCUUUAUUUUUGUUAUUAUUCUUAUAAUUGGGGGUUUACCCUAUUUUCUCUGUGUUAUAAUUAAUAUUGUACGUCCAGUACCAUGGUUAUUAUAUUCAAUUUCCUAUUUAUUCAUAACAUUCGCUAUAGCUAUUGCUUCAACAGCAUAUUUAUUUACAAAUGAACAAAUAAAAACAAUUUUGUAUGCUAAACUUCGCCAUCAAAUCAACGAAAAACUCGAAACAAUAUAA